AUGGAACGAAAGAUCAAGUUGAAAACUCUCAAUGCUUAUAUAACAUGUAAGAUAUGUAGAGGAUACCUGGUUGAUGCGACCACAGUUACAGAAUGCCUCCAUACCUUUUGCAAAAGCUGCAUGGUGAAACAUUUGGAGGACAACAAUACAUGUCCAACAUGCCAGAUAGUCAUUCACCAAUCUCACCCUCUUCAAUACAUCAGCUUUGACAGGACAAUGCAAGAUAUCGUUUAUAAACUAGUUCCUAACUUACAAGAAAAUGAAAUUAAAAGAGAAAGAGAGUUUUAUAAAUCCAGGGGUUUGCCAUGCCCCAAAGAUGUUAUUGUGCCUACUGGAGAUGCUGAAGAAGAGAAGCCGACAACUCAAGUUGAAGCAGAUUUUCAUCGUCUGGAUGAACAAGUGAAUAUCGGAUUGGAAUGUACCGCAGACAAUCUCAAGUCGCUCAAGAGAAAGUUUAUUCGUUUAUCAUCUCAAGCAACAAUUACACACCUCAAGAAAUUUAUCGCUAAAAAAGUUUUAGAUGGUAUGGAAAAGUAUAGAGAUAUUGAUAUUUUGUGUAAUGACGAGCUGCUCGGUAAGGAUCAUACUCUUAAAUUUGUUUAUGUUACAAGAUGGAGGUUUAAAGAUCCACCUCUUAGGCUUCAAUAUAGACCUCGUAUUGAGUUAUAG